AUGGGAGGAAAUACAGGUGAUGGUAGAGUAGUAUCUGAUGCGACGUGCUUUAAGGGAGAAGGUCUAGGUGAAGGUGAUGGUAGGGGUGAAGGGGGAAAUGUGAAAACCUCAGAUGCCGUUCACGAGUACCUGGAAGGAGCAGUGACAAAGGAGCAUUUCUUGGGGCUCAUUGACUGGGUGGAGGCUCAUCGUCCAGAGCCUGCUUUAGAAAAGAUAUACUGCAGUGGCAGCAGCGAUGGACCGGCAUUUGUGGUAUCAUCAGGGAGGACAUUCCCAGCCUCAAAGGUGGAUUUCGGGUGGGGUAGGCCGGCUCUGGGGUCAUACCAUUUUCGAUGGGAUGGGGAAGCUGGAUACGUGAUGCCAAUGCCAAGUCCGGCCAGAGAUGGUGACUGGGUGGUGUACAUGCACCUCUUGAAAGGGCAGAUAGAGUUGAUUGAGACUGAGGCCGCCCAUGUCUUUAGACCUUUAACAUCUGAAUAUCUCAACUUGAUCAGCUGA